CUCCUCUCAGCGGCGUAUGAUGUCACCCCCGCCCCGCCCCCGUGUUGUUGUGCUCUUCCGGCUCCACUCUCGGUGUCAGUCGGCUGUUUUGUGGACUGAGGAUCCCGGAGCUCCGGGGGAGGAGGAGCGGGGCAGGUGUGCCGGUAUCGGGGACGGAUGGGAGGCGGCCGGGGAGGACGAGUGCGGCGGAUACAUGACAGGAAGGCAGGUAUCUGCUGGUGACUCAGACAUGCAGUCUUCUGAUUGCCUAAGGUGUGGUGUGAAGUCCUGCUGAUGUUGGAAGGUGCACAGGACGACAGGGACUCCGCACUCCUCCACAGCUCGCUGCUGGAAAAUGUUUGCUUUCGGCUUUGUCCUGCUUCUGUUAUGGACUAUAGAGGGGCUCCCAGACUCUUCAGCCAAAGAGAUUCACCAGAAGAAUGCGGAGUUUAACCAGGAUUAUAAUGACACUAUUAAUGGUGAGAUGCAGAAUAUAUAUGCCUUCAAUCACACCAUGCUAAGGAACAAGACUGAAGGGGUGAGAGUGUCCGUCAGAGUGCUAUCUGAUCAGAAAGGACCACCACUGCUCUUUGUUGUCCGGCAGAAGGAGGCUGUUGUGUCUUUCCAAGUACCACUUACCCUCAGGGGAUUGUACCAGCGUAAUUACCAAUAUGAAGAUGUCGGACGCACACUGUGCCAACCACCUACUCGGGCAGAAUCUAAAACCGAAUCCUUCUUUGUUGAUGUCUCUACCUUGUCAGAGAAAAAUUCUACCUACUUCUUGCGAGUCACACAUGUAGAGAGCUUUGUGUUGCGGACAAAAGAACGGUUCAGUUUUAAUGCAACUCCUGCUCAGCCUCAGUAUUUUAAAUAUGUGUUUCCACCGGAUGUAGACUCUGUGAUUGUUAAAGUCACUUCUCCUUCUGCUUUUCCUUGCUCUGUCAUCUCGGUACAAGAUAUUCAGUGCCCAGUAUAUGACCUUGAUAAUAACGUUGCAUUUAUUGGCAUGUAUCAAACUAUGACCAAGCAAGCUGCCAUCACAGUUCAGAGAAAAGAUUUCAACAAAGGUGGCUUCUAUGUUGUGGUAGUUGUAAAGACUGAGGAUGAGGCGUGCGGUGGGGGUCUGCCUUAUUAUCCAUUAAAUCCAGAUACUCCUGUGGAGCAUGGAGAUCGCCAGAAGACCCUGGAAGUCUUGGUCAGCCCAGCCACCAGCAAGCGCACUUAUGUCGGUGGGAUGCUGUUCUGUUUAGGUGUGUUCCUGUCCUUUUACCUGUUUGCACUUCUUGUAUACUGCUGGGAGCAGUGGAGGAAGAACAAGAAAGAAGGUGGGCUGCUCCAUGCUGUUGGAACUCUGAAUGAUGAAACAGCUUCUCUGCUCGGCAAGUCUUCUAUGGAACCGAGAUAUGAUGGUUGUGGUUAUGGCUCCAUUGCAGAGAACAGUUCAGUUGCAAGCCCAGAUGGCACAGAAAGUCUAAUGUCAUCAGCAGAGGCCACAUACAGUUACACAGGUCAGGAGCAGUUCAAGCGCCGCUACCUGUUUGCUAUCCAGCGGCCUAUAAACUCAUUAUGCGACAAGUCUCUUGAGAAUUUUGUGCCUCGUCCACGGCUGGAGUCUUUGAGCUCUGUAGAAGAGGAUGAUUAUGAUACGCUGACCGACAUUGAGUCCGAUAAGAAUGUUAUUAGGACAAAGAAAUAUUUGUGUGUUGCUGACUUGGCAAGAAAAGACAAGCGUGUGAUGAGAAAAAAGUACCAAAUCUAUUUCUGGAAUAUUUCCACUAUAGCUGUGUUCUAUGCCUUGCCAGUCGUGCAGCUGGUCAUAACGUACCAAACGGUGGUGAAUGUAACAGGGAAUCAGGAUAUUUGCUAUUAUAACUUCUUAUGUGCUCAUCCCCUUGGAUCCCUGAGUGCUUUUAACAACAUUCUUAGCAACCUGGGCUACAUCAUGUUGGGGCUGCUUUUCCUCAUCACUGUGCUACAGAGAGAGCUCAGUCACAACCGCAGCCGCAUGUACUCUAAGGGACAGAUGGAGGAAUGUGGCAUCCCCAAGCACUUUGGUCUGUUCUAUGCUAUGGGCACUGCUCUGAUGAUGGAAGGACUGCUCAGUGCAUGUUACCACGUGUGUCCAAACUACACCAACUUUCAGUUUGAUACUUCCUUCAUGUAUAUGAUUGCCGGACUGUGCAUGUUAAAGUUGUAUCAGAAGAGACACCCGGAUAUUAAUGCCAGUGCUUACAGUGCCUACGCCUGCCUAGCCAUUGUCAUAUUUUUCUCCGUCCUUGGUGUAGUGUUUGGGAAAGGAAACACUAUUUUCUGGAUUGUGUUCUCUGUGAUUCACAUAGUGUUUACUCUGCUUCUGAGCACUCAGCUUUAUUAUAUGGGCCGCUGGAGAUUUGACUCUGGGAUCUUCCGGCGUAUCCUGCAGGUUCUGUACACAGACUGUGUGAGGCAGUGUAGCCCCCCGAUGUAUGUGGACCGAAUGGUGCUGCUUGUGAUGGGGAAUAUCAUAAACUGGUCUUUGGCAGCAUAUGGCCUUAUUGUACGACCUAAUGAUUUUGCCUCUUACCUUCUCGCAAUUGGAAUCUGCAACUUGCUGCUUUACUUUGCUUUCUACAUUAUCAUGAAGCUUCGCAGUGGAGAAAGGAUCCUUCCUCUUCCAUUGAUUUGCAUUGCCUGCACAUCUGUGGUCUGGGGAUUUGCCCUGUUCUUCUUCUUUCAAGGACUCAGUACCUGGCAGAAAACUCCAGCUGAAUCUCGAGAGCAUAACAGAGAUUGUAUCUUGCUUGGAUUCUUUGAUGACCAUGAUAUUUGGCAUUUCCUUUCCUCCAUCGCAAUGUUUGGUUCAUUUCUUGUUCUGUUGUUCCUGGAUGAUGAUCUGGAUGAUGUACAGAGAGACAAGAUUUACGUGUUUUGAAUCCUGCUGCAAUGGAUCUUGCUAGCAAAUAGCGGAGGAAAGUAGGUUUGAGCUGGCACCUUAGGUCACUGGGUAAUGAACAUGAAACCAUCCUGUAGAAAGACUAUCCGUCCAGUUACCCGUACUUGAAGAUGGCUUCUGUGGACACCUGUAGCUCAGAUUAAGGGGAUGUGCCACAAGUUUCUGCUAGGACAUAUAGAUGGCCUUUUUGGUCUGAAGUUGUACUUUUCACAUUGGCCACAUGGUGUCAGUGUUUUGUUACUUGUUGCCAAACUGAGUCAUUGUGGGCCCAGCCUCUUGGCCAUUAUAUGGCUUUAUGCUGCAGAGCUGAAAUCGCAUAGAUGAACUCAAAUGGUUGGCAAACUGCUGGUUAUCUAUGAACAGUUGGCGCAAUUACUAUGUGCUCAUACAGCAGUGGCAUUGUAUGGCAGAGGCACAAGGAUGAAGGACGUAUUGAGCAGUUCUUCUCAUUGCCAACUUUUAUGUAAGGGAUUUGUGUCUUUGUCACUACAUUAACUUGAUGGGAAUGAAUUCUGUCCAAAUGAUUUUCUAUUAAUACUGCUUCUAAUUCGAUGUUGGUUCUUUUGAUAUAGGUUCAGCUGCUGAUGUUACAAAUGUCCAUUGACAAAAAUCCACAUACAUUGUCUUAUUGUUUACAAUGUAGAGGAGAAUCUCUUUAUAGCCAAAAACUUAAGAUUAUAAUAAUCCAAAUUCUGUGUUGUGAUUUGAGAUGUAGGUGAUUGUGCAGAUAGGUUUUGUCCUAAAUGUAAUGGAGACACUACGAUAUGGUAAGACAAGGUCAAAUGUUACAUUACUGUGCUUACUGUCUUUUGAAUGACCAGGAUUAGAGAAAAAAAAAAGGUUUCGGUAACACCACUCUUGUCUUUGGGCAGCGUCUGGCAUUGCAGCUCAGCCUAUUUACUUGAAUGGGAGUGACCUACAACACAGACAAAGCCCAUAAACAAAAGUGCCACUGCUUCUAGAAAAUAUUGCAGACCUAAUCCCAGAACAACCCCUCCAAAUAUUCCUUACAUAUAAAGGUACUCAAACACUGAUGAUUAAAAAGUAUUAAUUUGUGUAAUGUCUUUCCUGCCAUCUAAAGGAUAUUUUAUAGGAUUGCUAGCAUUAGAUGUUUUCUUAUGAGACUAUCAGACCCUGCAGUUUUCUGCCUUUACUAGCACAUCCUCGCGUUUAAAGGAGUACUCUGGGAUACAACCCCCCCCCCCAUCCUUAGCAUAGGGGAUAAGUGUCAGAUCACGAUGGGUCCGAUCGCUCGGCACCCCCAGACACCCCCCACCACCACCUGCGACUUAUUGUUCAACCAUGACCAGUCUGUAAAAUAGAUAACUGUAUUUACUGUAAUAGUUUCAUAUGCCUGGAAGAUUCCUAAAAAGGGUUAAAGGGAAACUGUCCUUAUUUUCAUGAUUAUCGGGGUGGUCUCCAGAGGCUUCUCAACCCUAACCCCCCCCUUCCCCUAGCAUUGAUUGAUAUAACGCUCCCUGUUUAUGUAUACAGAGAGAUCUAGCGAUCAACUACAGUGGGAUAGAGAGAAGCCACCAGGUACUGCGCAGAUGCCUCGUCAUUCAAGCACCAUAAAAGUCAUGUAUUUCCUUUAAGAGGAUAUGUCAAGCACAUUUUGCUAUGUAUUGUACUUUAUGUAUUUUACUUAAAGGAAGAUACAUAGGGUCUCUAGAAUGCCUGGUUCUCAUGCUGGAGAGAAUUCUCUUUCUUUUAGUUUUUAUUCAAGCAGUACAGGGGCCGAAGCUGUCAAGAUUUGAAUACCCUUGUAUUGUCUCCUCUACCUUCUUCCAAGACGGAGAAUUUCCACUUAAGCAUUAAAGGUACUUUACUUAUAUACCGUAUGCUUGAUCUUGGAUUGUAGUGGACAUAUAUGAGGUUCAACUUUUUACAUAGGUUUUAAAACAUGUACUGUUUAGUCUAGUAGCCUUCCCUGCUUACAUAAACACUGCAUCGCCCACAGAGACUCUAUGAUGCUGCUCUAUAAUGCCUGAUAUCUGAUAGAUGUUUCUGUGUCAAAUCCACUGCUUCCCAACCAGCCUUUGGCUGUCCGGGCAUGCUAGGAGUUGUAGUUUUGCAACAGCUGGAGGCACCCUGUUUGGGAAGCAGAAGUCUAAGCAGUCAGUUAGAACAUAUGGCGCAGCAGGGAAGGGGUCAUACAGACUUUAGUAUAGGUUGUUAAAGGGGUACUCUGUCGCUAAGACCUCUUAUCCCCUUAUCCCCACCACUGGUGACCCCCGUGAUCUUGCACGCAGCACCCCGUUAGAAUCAGUCCACGGAGCCCAGCUCCGGGUCUGAUUACUGGCAAUCGCGGGGGCCGGAGCAUUGUGACGUCACGGCCCCGCCCCCGUGUGAUGUCACACUUCGCCCCUUAAAUGCAAGCCUAUGUGGAUAGGGGAUAAGAUGUAUUAGCGCCGGAGUACCCCUUUAAAGCCUUCAUAGCCCUAGACCAGCAAGGGUUUUAGCAGGAACCUUUAGAAUGCCCAAGACUAAGCAGGGAUACAUCAGGAGGCGGUUUUGAACUUCCCCUGCCUGUUAUAGCUGUCUGAUUCGGUAUGUCCCAAACACGGUGUAAAUACAGCUUAACAGGGAUGUUAUCAAUAAACUCUUCACUGCCUAGACCACCAGGGAUCUAAGAAUAAACUCCUUCACUGCCCAAGAUCGGAAGAGAUGUUAACCAUCUGUUCUGUCCUUCUAGAGAAAUAUAAAAAAUAUAUAUUUUUCUGGCAUAAUUUUAAAAAUUAGAUGUUGCAUACUAUGGAAAGGGGCCCACACAAUGUUUUUGCACAGGGGCCCCCUGUUGUCUGUUUCCAUUAAGAAGUCACUCCUGUAGGAACCCCAUUUUUUCGUUUUGUACACAUUGUAUAAUGCACUUAUUAGAUUUAGUAAAAGGAAGCUAUCCAGAUAUGUAUGGAUUAUACAUUCAUGUUCUAAUUCACCACAGAGAGGCGCUAUAGACCAAACCUGGGAUUAUUGUCAUUACCUUCUUCCAUUAUUGAUCAAGAGAACUUAUCACUUUUCUGAUUAUUGUACAUAUUGGAGAUUAUUUGCUUUAAUAUAUAUUAUUUAUCAAUAGUGGAGGUAAACCUUUGUGUUGUGAAUAUAGCAAUGCGGCUCUCGGAUAAAAAGGUGUCCAAUCACUGUCCAUAUGUCCUAUUAGGGUUCUGCCCUUCAAAGACCUGCUGUAUUAAGGCCAUUCUAAAUGGGUUGAUAACCGGCCCUUGUAAAAGGGCCAGUGAUCCCUUUAAUGUUCGGCCAUUAAAAUUGUUACGGGACGAGUGCCCGACAAUGAUGAAGUGAAGGACUGACGAAUGAUCCAGCAAUCAUUCAUGUAGCCUGUCCGCACCAUUGAUUGAGCCUUGUGUAGGUUCAGCCCGUCUAAAGGGUCUUUACUUGGUCAUCCAUUUAUUUAAAGGGGUUAUCCAGGAAUAGAGAAACAGAGAUAAUUUAUUUUAAAAACAGCUCCACAUCUGUCCACAGUUUGGGCGUGAUAUUACAACUUGGCUCCAUUCACUUCAAUGGAACUGAGCUGCAGAAUCAUACCCAACUUGGAGACAGAUGGGGAGUAGUUUUAGAUUGAAAUUAUCUCCGUUUUUCUAUUCUUGGAUAACCCCUUUAAAUCCUAUAAUCCUAUAUUUUGCAUAAACGAUUGCAAUUCCCCCAAAAAAUUGAAGGUGAUGCUUCUCUUACAGCACAAACCACAGAAUGUAUUUUUUUUUCCUUUUCAUUUCAACAAAUACUUUACUUGUUUCUGGUAUUUUUAAUAAUCCAGUCACAGAGAUCCAGUCAUGUUAUUUUGUAUGUUAAGCAUGUUCGGGUAUGAUGAAGGGUAGUCAAUAUGAAUUGGCUAAUAUAUUAAUUAUCCACCUGACAGGCCUGAGUAAGUUAAAUGGAUUUACCAUGAUUUAUAAAAUAUUAAAUUCAGAUUUACUGUAUUAUGGGAACUCAUUAUCAAUAGUAGUAAUGUUAGUACAUGGCAUUCACUGGAGAUCUGUACCCAAGCUUAUAAGCACACAAGCCUCCCUUUGUUCCAGACUUUUAUCUCUGCGCUGCUAUUGUUUUCUAUUGUUUAACCAUUUAUUUUCAUGUUGAUUUUUAUACUGCUGAAAUGAGUAGGCAAAAAAGAUAGAUCUAUUAAAAAAAAGGCAAAAAAUGUGUUUUCUAUGUC